CGUGCGCUUUGGGGUCUGUCAGCUCUUGUCUUUUCUUUUUUUUCUUCUUUUCUCUUCUUUUUUCUUUUUUACCUCGGAACAGAGAUUUACGGCCCCUUCUGUGCUCCACGCUGUGGACCGGCUGGGGAGGGAGGCGGCGGUGACGCCUGGCAGUGCGCACAGCGGAGAAAGACUGACUUUCAAGGGACAGGCAGAGUCCUGCAGGCGGCAAACGGCCACUCAGCAGCAGGGCAGAACAAUCCACAGACGGGCGAAUUUAUAAAGUUGUUAGCUAUCACCAAGCAAAAGGGGGAGUGUCGCUGGAGGCGCACAGCCCGCUUGAAUCUCUAUUCCAGGGGCCGCUGGACCAGGCUUUAGCGCAUGUAGAGAGGAGGAGGAGGAGGAGGAGGGAUGGGGGAGGUGGAGGGGGCAGAGUGAGUACGUUUCACAGGAUCCAGGCCUAGUAGUUUUGCCGCUGGGACUCUCCUCACCCGCUUUCAAAAAAUUGGAAAUUGGCACCUUGAAACGCCAAAAUGUGCGCGUUGAGCGUCAGUUUCGCGGUGGGCGACACCGGAAUGGAAGGAGCCAUGCCAGCAUGAGUGGGCCUCAUGUAGGCCCCGGAAGGAAGACCCAUGAGUCCAUCUGCCCCUUGACCCCUGGUCGUGACCUCUCCACCAGACACCAUGACCACAGGAUCGGCCUAACAAUGUCAGCUGCGGCGUCCUCCAUCAAGCAUGCAUCCAUUUAUGGGUUUGCACAAAGGGAACACCCCUCCUCCCCUUCCUCCUCUUCCACCUACAGUCCUCUUCGGAGGCUACAGCAUCUCACCACCAUGGUGAGCCAGCCUGACCUGGUCCUGCCGGUGAGGGAGCCAGACAGGAGCUGGGAGUGGUCGACACAUAAGAAGGAGAGGGAGAAGGAGAUAGAGAUGGGCUCCUGGGCUGAUUGCACUAGCAGGGAUUAUUCUGGAAGCCAGAGUACAAGCAGGGAUGAGACCUUUGGUAACUUUUCUGUUGGACGAAAACAAGCCGAGGUCCAAACUGGAAGUAGAGAUGCACCAGCAGCCAAUCAGAGCAAUCCUGUCACUUCAGAGAAAAAGGCAGAAGGUUGUUUCUCUGGCCCGCCUAGCCCGGCCUUCUCGCUCGACAGCAACAGCCCCUUCGCUAAUGGUUUCCUCCAUUUUGAAUCCUCUUUGUUCGAGGAUGACGACACUGAACAAGCGCGAGAGACUGCGCCGCCUAUGGAAGGCUUGCAUGAAAAACACGAGAGGGCAGGGACUGUUCUUCAAUCAACUCCUGGGGACUUACAGUUGAACUCUAAGGAUGCUUCCCUGUCGUCAGCCAAGGUCGUAACAAGGUCCCAGUCCUCAGGUCAACGCAGGAGGUACUGGGACGGCUCGGAUGACGAGUGGGAUAGCGACACCGACCUGUUGCUGUUUAUGGAUAGUCCAUCGAUGAAUUCAGUGACCAGCCUGAAGAAAAAGUCUUUGUCCCCUGUGAAGUUUUUAGAGGGUGAGAUUAUAUGGGCAAAGUUCAGCCGAAGACCAUGGUGGCCCUGUGAGGUGAUCAUUGACCCCGAACAGGGAAUCUGUCACAGACUGAAAGAGCCCAGUGAUCGGCCCUGUCGGCUCUACCAUGUCAGGACCUUUGGUGAACCUGUGGAGCUUGUCUGGGUGGAGGAAAAAUCAACCCACACUUUCCAUGGAGGCUUUGAAUUUGAACAGCUCUGCCUACUGCGUCGGAGGGGGAAGCAAAGGGAGAACAACUAUAAAUACACUAUCGCUAAGCGUUUCCAAGACUCCUGGAAAUCUAGUGUGGCAGAAGCUGAAUCUGUUCUCCCAGAGAGACCCAAAAUGGGUUCCUCUAUUUCUGCGACCAUAGAUGAUGCCGUCCACAACAGUUCCUCACUGGAAAGAGAGAGCAAGGCUCAUCCAACCUUUUCUCCAUCCACUUCACCUGUCUCCACCCUGCCUGAGACAUCACACAGGAUCAACGGCUCCAUUUCUUCCCCAGUUAUUUCAUCCCCUGUUACAACUCCAACAAAGCCAAGCACUUUAAGGAAAUCUUCUGGCAAGAAGAAACCAAGUAAAUCAUCAAAAGACUUGAAUUGUAAACACUCUGAAAAGAUUUUGCAGAAUAGCCCUGACCAAUCAGAGAGAGACAAUGGAGAGUGCCCCUAUUCUGACCUUGACUCAGUCCCUAAGAUUUUGUGUCCCAAAGCACUUGAACGUCAGUCUAAGCUAGUUCCAACUCAGCCGUCUGUUAUGCAGGUCAAAGAGGUGAAGAAGCAGCCAGAGAUUCAGAGUGGUCUUUGGUUCAGUAAAUCAGGCAAAGACAGGCGACCUAAAACAACCAGUUCGAUGCCAGACCGCUCUCUCUUUGGUAAGGCACCCUGUAAGAAAAAGAGCCUUUCUGUUGUUAGCAAAAAGAUGCUGGUUACAUGUGUCUCCUCAAUUGGUGGGCUCAGUGACCAGUCAGGGAUGUCAGACAAGCAUAGGACUCUGGUACCUGCUGAAGCAAAUCUGUGCCCUGGGCAGUCAGGACAUGUGAAGUGUAAAAACACCCUGGUUUCCAAUAGACCCCUUGGUUCAAAUGACAGUCUUGUUGACCAGUCAGGACCGUCAGACAAGCAGAAGUCCCCUGUCUUUACUGAGACUGAUGUGCCCUCUGACAAGUGUGGACACUCAAAGCGUGUACAGACACCCAGUAAUACAACAGACACCGUUAUUGGCACGCUGUCUGGCCAGUUUGGUAGCUCAGAUGUUAAAAAGGCCCCAGAGCCUAAUAUCAAAGUUGAUUUUGAUGUACAAUCCAGGUUUUCAAAAAGUCCUAAGAGUGUCAGUCGAAGAGAACAUCGUGACAAGAUGGCUAGUAAAAAAGUCCAUGUAAUUGACAAGAUUUCCGAUCAAGCAGAAGUAAAAGAAAGCAACAAAACUCUAGUGUCCUGUUUAAAUUCUGACACCACUGACCCAUUAGCAAUUCUAGAGAAGAAAAGAAGACUGGUGUCUAAGUGUAGACUGCCCUUUGUCAAAUUAAUACGCAAGGAAAUAAAUGGUAAGAACUUACUAAAUUCCAGUGUAAACAUUAGUCCCACUGGCCAACCUGGAACCACAAAGAAUGAAAAGACCACAGACAAUAAUGUGACUAAAAUUUCCUCUAAACAGUCUGACCAGGUGGAUGCCAAGGCAAGUGUCUCCUUAGAGAAGCCAUCUAGUUCGGAAAUCAUAAAGGUCUCGGUUGUGAAGUUAAAAACAAGUCGGGGGAAUGUUAUGCCUCGUCACUCUUCAGAAUCAUCACAUGGGAAAACUACUGUGGUCUCCAAUGUGGAAAGCGUGGCUGCUGAAGGGUUAGGUAGCCCAGAACCAGAAACAAAACAAUUUUCAAAUGUAAGCCCAAGUCAUGUGACACACCCAUCCUCUAAUCAGCCAGAGAGGUCAGAAAGUAAAAAUAUUCCUUCCCCCAAUGUAACAUGUAUGACCUCUGACCAGUCAGGCAGCUCAGCACAAAGAAUAACUUCUGUCACUAGUACAUCUUGUAAUGCAAAUCUUGCUUCUCAUCGGCAAGGAAAUUUAGUAUCUGGGAAUGCUUGUGUUUCCGAAGGCCAGUCUUCUGAGAAAUCCAAGAAAAUUGUCCACAGAUCAAAAAAAGUUCCAGAAGAAGUCAUACAUGAGCAGCCUGCCCACCUCCCAGCCAGCAGUCGGUUGAUAACCAGGGCACUGAAGGUGAUGCACGAGGCAAAGCGGCAGAAGAAGACAAAAAAAGCCAAAAAGGAGGCUGAGCAGAAAGAACUCUUAGAUCCGUUAAGAAAACCUAAGGACUCUGUGUGUCACACUGCCCGCAACUCCACUCGGAGUCCAAAGACCAAACAGAAAAUUAGCACUAAAAUAAAAUCACUUAAAUCUAAUUGCAAUGACAAUUGUGAGUAUGAUCAGGACUCAUUUUCUAGCCAUAGCAGACCUUUGAAAUCCUCUGAUUCAACUGAUUCAGCUGGUGUCAAGAGCGAAGAUGAAGACCAUUCAAUAUCCUCAACUCCACCAAUGGACUUCAUCCCCCUCACUUCUAGUGUAAAGGCAAAGAAGGAAGAUCGUUCUUCUGACUUAUGCUCUUCAUCCUCACCUUCCUCACCAUUCUCUUUUAUGAAUGCAUUUAAAAAUGUGGAUGAGGUGUCCUUCCAGUCCGUGACAAAGGAGGCCAAUGGUAAACCCAUCUCUUUCAAACCAGACACAAACUACAAGUUCAGCACUUUUCUCAUGAUGUUGAAGGACUUGCAUGACACUAGAGAGCGAGACGGGACCCCCUUGGAACUAGAGAUUGGACCACCAAGUGCACAUGUUAAGGAGGAGCCUUUAGUGAUUCCCAGGGAGGCUAAACCUGCAGAGCAAGAUCAACAAAGUAAACAUUUUAAUAAAAAUUGUAAUUCAUGUCCAGACAAAAUCCUAAUCACUCACAGCGAAGACAGCAAAAGUCAUACUUGGAAGAGGCCCUAUAAUAGAAGGGGCAGCUGCGCUGGAAUGAAAAAGAGAUCCAACCGCAAAGUGCCUUGUCGUCCUGCCAGGUCUGGUCCUGGUUUCCCAGGACUGGAGUCCUCGUCAGGAAUGGCAUCCUUACCAACAGUGGACUCUUUAUCGGGCGUGGAUUGCUCAUCACGAGUCCAGUCCCUGUUGGGCAUGCAGGCCAGCUGCUCAGAGAAGCAGGCUGGUGGUGGUGAAGGAAUGGUUCAGGAGAAGGUGGAGCAGAGGUGGAGCAGAGUUAAUGAGAAUCUACAGAACAUGGUGCCUUUGGAGCAGCAGGGGUCCGACACUACGCUGUGUCUGGGACAGUCUGACGGCCUUGAUGCAGACUGCACACAGACUAACAAAAGCUUCACGCACAAUGUUGGAGGACGUGACAAGGCUCCAACGGCACAUAAACGAAUAAGAAAACCCAGCAAGAGGCUGAUAGAAUGGACUGAAGAGUACGAUCAGAUUUUCUCCACAAGGAAGAAAAUCAAAAAGCCUCUCCAGUCAAUUGGAAAGGCCACUCCACCCAUUACCUCCAUGUCUGAACCCCCGGGAUUGGACAAGAAUGCACAUGGCCACCCGUCCUUGAACUUAAUUCCUGAAAUACAGACACCGCCUCCUGAGGAAAUCGCUGCAACAACGCCCUCUGAACUACAAAUCCCCAGCACUGAAAACACAUCUCCCCAAGAUGCACCGGUGCUUUCCAUUGACACACUAACCCCCCCUCCCGAAGCCGAACCUUCGCUCUCAGAAGGCCUCAUCAAAGACAGCGGAAACGCUCCUCAGCUGGAGAAGAAGCGGAAGAGGAAACCCACUCAGAAGAUCCUGGAGUACUGUCUGGAGGCCGAGGCUUCGACAUGCCCCAAGAAGAAGGUGCAGCAUGGCCGUAAUGUGUUGUGUGUCAAAACACUGAAGAACAAUCCUAAUACCGCCCUUCAAUCAGAUUCAGGGCCAUCGCCUUUAAAGUCAAAGAGAAAGCUACUUACAACUUCCACGCCCACACCGACGACCUCAGAGGUUUCCACCUUGAUGCCCACGCCCUCCGUCCGGACCACUCCCACUCCCUCUCCCAGCACUCCUGCACCCGCCAGUCCUGUGCCGGCUGCACCUGAACCCAGCCAGGUGGAGACGGCGCUGGCAGAUGUCGAUGCUCGUCAGCCAGAGGACAGUAGGACUGAGGAGGUCAAGAAGGACACAGCAGAGUCAGAGGGCGACUCGUCCAGCCUGGAUCACAGUUUCUCCUCCUCGAAGGAUGAAUUGUCGCUGUGCGACGACCUACGUUUAGCCUCAAGGAGGAUCAUCGGGGACCGAGGAGGCCCCGCCUCCAUGAAGGAGAACAUUUGUCAGGUGUGUGAAAAGACGGGGGAGCUGCUGCUCUGUGAGGGUCAGUGCUGUGGAGCCUUCCACCUGCCCUGCAUCUCUCUGGCCGAGGCACCGAAAGGGAAGUUCGUCUGUCCCGAGUGUAAAUCAGGAAUCCACACCUGCUUUGUCUGUAAAAAGCGUGGUGAGGACGUGCGGCGCUGUAUGAUCCCUGUGUGUGGGAAGUUCUACCACGGGGAGUGUAUCGCCAGCUACGCGCCGACUGCUCCUGUGAACCGAGGCUUCCGCUGCUCGAUCCACGUCUGCCUCACCUGUUUCAUCGCCAAUCCAAACAGCUUGUCCAUCGCUAAAGGUCGUCUGGUACGGUGCGUGCGCUGCCCGGUGGCCUAUCACGCUACAGAUCUGUGCAUGGCGGCAGGCAGUGUCAUCCUCUCCAACAACAGCAUCAUCUGUCCCAACCACUUCGCACCCCGACGUGGCGUCAAGAACCACGAACACGUCAACGUCAGCUGGUGCUUCGUCUGCACUGAGGGGGGAAGUCUGCUGUGCUGCGAGUCCUGCCCCGCCGCCUUCCACCGGGAGUGUCUGAACAUUGAGAUGCCUAAAGGCAGCUGGUUCUGCAAUGACUGCAAGGCUGGGAAGAAGCCUCGCUUCAAAGACAUCCUCUGGGUGAAAGUUGGGCGGUACAGGUGGUGGCCCGCGGAGGUCAGUCAUCCCAAAACGAUCCCAGAGAACAUCCAGAGGAUGAAGCACGAUGUCGGCGAGUUCCCCGUGCACUUCUUUGGCUCCAACGACUACCUGUGGACCUACCAGGCCAGAGUCUUCCCUUAUAUGGAUGUGGACGCCAACAGCAGAGACAAGAUGGGGAAAGGUGUCGAUGCCACCUACAAGAAAGCUUUGGAGGAGGCGGCCGUGCGAUUUCGAGAGCUGCAGGCGGAGAAGGAGCUUCGGCAGCUUCAAGAGGACAAGAAGAACGACCGGAAGCCUCCUCCGUACAAACAUAUUAAGGUGAACCGACCAAUAGGAAAGGUUCAGAUCAUCACAGCCGACCUGUCCGAGAUCCCGCGCUGUAACUGUAAGGCGACAGACGAGAGCCCGUGUGGCACGGACUCGGAGUGCAUCAACCGCAUGCUGCUCUACGAAUGUCACCCACAGGUUUGCCCGGCGGGUGAACGUUGCCUCAACCAGGCGUUCAGCAAGCGUCAAUACAGCCAGGUGGAGAUCUUCAGGACCCUGUCCCGGGGCUGGGGGCUCCGCUGUGUCCAUGACAUCAAGAAGGGUCAGUUUGUGAGCGAGUACGUCGGGGAGGUGAUCGACGAGGAGGAGUGCAGGUCGAGGAUCAGACACGCGCAGGAGAACGACAUCUGUAACUUCUACAUGCUAACUCUGGACAAGGACCGGAUCAUUGAUGCCGGGCCGAAAGGGAACGAGGCUCGCUUCAUGAACCACUGCUGUCAGCCAAACUGUGAGACCCAGAAGUGGACAGUGAGCGGAGACACCCGGGUGGGACUGUUCGCUCUCGUCGACGUCGCUGCAGGCACAGAGCUCACUUUCAACUACAACCUGGAGUGUUUGGGCAAUGGGAAGACGGUCUGUAAAUGUGGAGCACCAAACUGCAGCGGCUUCCUGGGCGUCAGGCCAAAGAACAACCCUCCGUCGGACGACAAAGGUCGGAAGCUGAAGAGGAGAGGCUACGGCAAGAGGAAGAAAAAGGUGAUGGUGACCAAAGAAAGAGAGGACGAGUGUUUCAGCUGCGGAGACGGGGGGCAGAUGGUUUCCUGUAAGAGACCUGGAUGUCCGAAAGUUUACCACGCCGACUGCCUCAACCUCACCAAGAGGCCCGCAGGUCGUUGGGAAUGUCCAUGGCACCAGUGCGACGUAUGCAGCAAAGACGCAGCGUCCUUCUGUGAGAUGUGCCCAAGUUCUUACUGCGGCCAGCACCGUGACGGCUUGCUCUUCAUCUCCAAGCUGGACGGCAAACUGUGCUGCAGUGACCACGACCCGUGUGGGCCGGAUCCGCUGGAACCGGGGGAGAUCCGGGAGUACACGCCUGAACCGAGAGCCCUGACCUUGGGGUUGGGCAUGGCCGUCAUCCCCUCUGCUGCUCCCAACACAACCAUCAGUCUGAACCCGACUGCCGGAAGGGUGAAGGAGAUCAGCGCCGGCGCUGGCACGUGCGCUUCCGAGGCAUUUCCUGCUUUUUCCAUCCCGGUACCCAUCACCAUUCCUGUCCCUGCUGCUGCCGCUUCACCUCCCCCUAGCAGCUCUGAUGCUCCCAGCAGCCCGCAGGUGUUUGACCUCCCGCACUACUCGCCUAUCUCUUCGUAUGACGAGGAGGAGGAGCUGGCAGAGGUGGAGGAGGAGUUAGAGGAAGAGGAUGAAGUGGGGAGGCAGAAAUCCGAUCCUCACGAAGAAGAUGGAGGGUCGGUGAUGGAUGAGGAGGAUUACCUGGAGAUGGAUGAGGAGGAAGAGGAGGAGGAGGACGACGACGACGACGAGGAGGAGGAGGAGGAGGAGGAGGAAGAGGAAGAAGAGGAGUGACAUACAGUGGAUUAUUAUUUAUAGUGGCACAGGAUACGGAGGAAGAAAAGGCAGUUGGGCAACAAGACAUGACAGUCAAUUCAGCGGGGAAACAAGGAUCCACCUUCACUUCACUGUUCGUCCACUGAAUGUGUGGAGGCAUUUUUACAACAAAACUAAAUAUCCUAUUAAUCACUCUAUGCUCGCUCCAUAUUCCCUGACCGUGGUACACACUAGCUGUAGAGAUGGUUCCCGACACAGUGACUUUGCACAAACUGGCUGCGGGAUCUGACAACGAUUAUCUGGAACACAAAACUUUGGUGUUUGUAAACAUAUUUCACUCGUGUGAUUGUUUCCUCACAUUUUUUUGGACCAAUUUUCACCUGCUGGAUUGUUUUUGGCUAUUCCCUCUGAGUAUUGGUUCAGGCGUCAUUUUUCUGUACGUCAGCGAGUUGACCUGCAAAAGCUUAAUGUAGUUGGAGACAAUUAUCGUACCUGGUGUGUAGGUGUUUAGUGCAAGAAAAAUAAUACUUCAUUGUAGCUACCUGACAGGCUGGAGCUAAACUCUGCAGCCCAUGAAUCCUGAGAUUACAAUGACAAGAGUCACAGAAGCGAUUCUGUCUGGUAACUUACUUUGCUGAGGUUGGAUGGUGGCUGUAUUCACAAAAAUACCGGAAAAGAAAAAACAUGAAUUUGUCUGUGAAUAAACCAGUUGCAGUCUGGUUGUGCUUUCAGACAUCUCCUGGACUGAACUGUUUUGAAACAUGUUUUUGGACACAUGCUGGCUGGUAAGACGUCUGCCACAACCACCUGAAUCACCCUCCAUUCAGGAUGGAGACACCUGACACACAGGAGUCUCCGCUUCGCCUCCAGUUCUUCUUGACGCAAGCCGAUCAUCCGACGGUUCUUCGAGAUCAGAUCAUGUAUGAAAAUAUGAAUGUGUCAGAUCAGUAGUGACAGUGAGACUUUUUGGAUGGAGGCUGCUGGUACAAGGAGGAAAUAUGCUUUAGACCAUUUCACACCAAAAACAUUCAAAUGAAAGGAUCCAAAACUGUGAAGGAUCCAGUGUUUGACUGAGACCAGUUUUAAUGUCAUGUCAGGGUGGGAAAGACAAAGUAUUUAUGCCAUCAUGGAUUAAUAAAAACUGUAAGAUAAAGAAUCGAAUGGGUUAUUAAGCAGCUCCAUAAGUCAGGCUGAGGCAGAGAUGGUCUAGCGUGUUUUCUGUUGUACAAUUCUGUGACGCACAAAUGUGGAAGAGCGGGGACGUCAGCGCCCCCUCUCCUCGUUCUUCGAUCUCCAUCAAGGGAAACAAAAGUCUUCGAAAAGGAAAAUGACGGACUGCUGCCAUGAUGCUUGCACUUCUGUGUGUGUGUUCUUGCCACGUGUUUCACUCUUCAAGCUUAUAAUAUUGUCUGUGUUAUCUGCCAAUGCCUUAGAGUGUAUUUCGUUGGGAGAUAUUUUUAGGAGUGAAAUGGUUUGGUGCCGUUGAGAGCCACGUUUCCCUACUAAUGCCUUUUUACAGUUGCCCAACAUGCAUUGUUUCAUUCCAGUGUAAUUAUGACCUGUUAGAUCUCAAGCAUUGACCUGUUAACUGCUAUAUAAAUAUAUAAGAAGUUAUGAAAUGA